GCUCUGUGCAUUCAUAUAUACACACAAUGAAUUGUAGCUGCACGACACACUAAAUUGGCUCAUUUUAAUUCAUUAAAAUUUACUAUUUUGUUGUGCGUUUUUUUAAAUCGUCUAUCACUUAUUGUGAAGUGCAAACUAUUUGAUAUGCUCGUAGUGUAGAAAGCUUCCGAUUGAUGUUUCCCAUUCGAAUUGAAAAAUAGAAUAAAAUCUUCGAAAAAUAAAAAAAAAUCUGUGAAACAGAAAAUGGAAUGAGUAUUACAAAGAAUUGAGAGUGUUUGUUUAUUUUAUUUUGCUUUGAUUUACCAAGUAACUUUCAGGGUUAUUUGGUGUAUUUUCUCAUUCUUGAGUUGGUACGGAUCGAUUUCAUUGAAUUGCCCAAAAUUGGGCCAAUGUUUGUGUGUGGUGAAUAAAAUUUCAAAAUGAAACAUAGGGAGUAUAAAAAUUCUAUUAUUGAUAUGUGCAAUGGAAAAUACAUCAACAAAUUCAUUCGAGACAAAUUCCAAUGUACAAACGGAAACCGUUUUAGAAAAUGUGAAGUCAAAAUUGAUAAAACAAAUGAAGAGGAUAUAAAAACGCUAUCCCAUACGAAAUGUAAUCGAUCUCAGCGGUGCCUAGAACAUAAAUCAAUAGUACAAAGUAGUCGCAAGAAUAAUACGUUGUUUUAUUCGAAAUUUGCAUUCCAUCGACUUAUAAAUCUCAUGAUCGUUCUAUUGUUCAUCGCAUGUACGAUAGUCAACGGUCAACAGCAACUGGAAUUUCGACAAAAAACGCGAAACACAGACAUAUUCAGCGCACAUAAAACGCAUGCGGUAAUUCAGCCAAUAAUUUUUGAUGGCACAAAUCAACGCGAAAUACUAUCAACAACGCGACAAACGAAUGGCGAACACGCACCGCACGUCGUUUUGGAGUAUACACAUCUGGACAGAGCGAUUGCUGUCGAUUUGUUUUUAACUCGACACUUACUAACCGACCGACAUUUUUUGCAAUCCCAAAAUGCCAACGGAUCGAAAAACAUUCAAACAUUCAAUCGGACCAAUUCCAAUUUAUGUCACUAUCAAGGUCGUAUACGGCACAAUCCAAAAUCAAAAGUAGCGAUCUCUACUUGCAACGGCCUAAGCGGAAUGGUUUACGAUGGAAACGAUACUUACUUUAUCCAUCCAAAUGAUAUUGGUGCCUUACACGAAUCUCACUAUAUUUUUAGCCAAAGUGAUUUGAAUGAAACAAAUCCAAUGAUGAAGAAUUCCAUUUUUACCGAUCCGAUCGUCAUGAAGGAAACAACACAGAAAAAAUUCAAACGAUCUGUGACCGAAACAACAACCGUACGCGAACCAUACAACGCAAACAGACAGUCAUCUUUCGUUGAAUUGGUGAUCGUUGUCGACAACGAUGUGUUUAAAAAAAUGGAUGAAAACCUCGAUAAAGUUCACAACUACUGCAAAGAUAUUGCGAACAUCAUCAAUUCGCUUUAUGUGCCGUUGAAUAUUUUCAUUGCGUUGGUCGGCGUUGUAGUGUGGACGGAAAAAAAUGAAAUUGAACUCUCUAAUGACGGCGAUAAAACGUUAAAGAAUUUUUUAAAUUAUCGACGCAAGACAUUAAUUAAAGACCAUCCAAAUGAUAAUGCUCAAUUACUAACUCAAGUUCAAUUUGAUGGUGGUGUUGUUGGUAAAGCAUUGAAAGGUCCGAUUUGUACAUUUGAGUUUUCUGGCGGCGUGUCAACGUAUCACAGUGCAAUAGUUAGCGUGGUCGCAACGACCAUAGCUCAUGAAAUGGGUCAUAAUUUUGGCAUGGAACACGAUACACCCGAUUGUAAGUGUCCCGAUGAUCGAUGUAUUAUGUCAGCAUCAAGUUCAUCAAUCGCGCCGACUCAUUGGAGCGAAUGCAGCAUUCACCAACUAAAUUUGGCAAUUCAUCAGGGAAUGAAUCAUUGUUUGAAAAAUAUGCCAAAGCACUUAUUCGAUCCACCUUCUUGCGGAAAUGGUUUUGUUGAGACGGGCGAAGAAUGUGAUUGCGGUUUACCGAGUGUUUGUAAAAACACAUGUUGUGAUCCAUAUGCAUGUAAACUUCGGUCAAAUGCAACAUGUGCUAUGGGAAAAUGUUGUGAUUUAGCAACAUGCCAACCUCAAUUGGCUGGAACUGAAUGCCGGAGUUCAUUGGGUGAAUGUGAUUUACCCGAAUACUGUGAUGGAAGUAAUGAAUUUUGUCCGAUGGAUUAUUUUAAGCAAGAUGCCGAAGAAUGUGAAGGUGGCAAAGCUUAUUGCUACAAAGGCACUUGUAAAUCACGUGACGAUCAAUGCAAAUUAUUGUGGGGACCAUCAGGCAAAUCAUCGGAGCAAUGCUAUGAGAAAAAUAAGGAAGGAACGCGACAUGGAAAUUGCGGAUUCAAUCGAACAGGGGGUGUUUUCAAUGCUUGUGCCAAGGAAAAUGUAUUUUGCGGAAUGUUGCAAUGUCGUCACUUAAACGAAAGACUAGAAUUUGGUUUAGAGUCGGUGGCCGUUUUAUCACAUAGCUUUAUAACGUAUGGUGGAAAUGUUAUUGCAUGUAGAACCGCCGUGAUAGAUUUGGGUAUAGAAACUGUUGAUCCUGGACUAGCGCCGGACGGCUCGAAAUGUGAUUCUGGAAAAAUGUGCGUUAAUCAAAAAUGUAUUGCAAUAAAUACACUGCGUAAUGAAGGCAAGGUGAAAACAUGUGAAAAUGACUGUAACAAACAUGGUGUUUGCGAUAAUAUGGGACAUUGUCAUUGUGAUAAAGGAUUUGCUCCGCCAUUUUGCGAUUCACCGGGACCUGGCGGAUCCAUUCAUUCUGGUCCGGCUACAAAUCCAUAUGAUGGAUAUGGAUUUGUUCGCGUUAUGUACGUUUUCUUCUUGGGCGUUGUGCCAUUUAUUGCAUUGUCGCUAUUUUUGUUUUACUACUGGCGACAAAAUCGUCCGUGGUUUAUUACACAAGCAUCAGCUAAUGAUCUGAAAGUGUCGGUUCAUCAUUAUCCAGACCGACCUGCUCCUCCACCACCACCACCUAACGCACCAUCUUCAAAUCAACUUUCACCAAGUAGUACAGACGAUAUGAGUGCAACACUUCUCAAGGCAAACGAAGCCAAUGAAGAUCCAAUAAAACGUGAACUUUUCGGUAAUUUUAAAGGAUUUUCAUUGAAACCAUUACCAAUGUCAAAGCCAAACAUAGUUGGAGCAUCAAAUGUUGCUUAUGUUCAUCCUGUUGCAAAAGCUGAAACAACUUCUGAACAAUGCAUUCCGAUGCGAGCCGCACCGUUGCCACCAUCAAAUUCACCAAAAAAAUCACAAAUCAAAUCGUCACCCAUAUCGAAUCCAAAAUCUUCACCGUCGUCAUUUCGAUAUCAAAACUUAAAUACAUCAACGAAUAAAACACCCGAAACUCCCAUCGAAGUUAGGUUGUUUGCGAAAGAACGGCCAAAAAUAUCUCAUCCAGUUCUGGAGAAUUCAACAUGUUCUGUAAAAGAGCUCAUCGCUACCGCUAAUGCAAACCAAAAUUCCCAAAAAAAUUUCAACACAUUGCCAAAAAAUAAUCAUGUGGAACAGAAAAUAGCACAAAAACCAAGUGAUUCUCAAACAACACUGAAAAGAGCUCUGAUUGAUAAAAAUAUUGUAAAGAAAUUAGAUAUUUCGGCUCCAGUAAAAGCAGUUACGUUUGGCCGUUCGCAAAGUAUGCGAAGUCCUUCAAGCGAAAAAUCACCAGUAAAGCGGAAUGUACUUGCAUCUGGUUCGAUGCGUCAUCCGUCUGGUAUAAAACGUCUUAAUAGCGUAGAUCGACCCAAGAAUCCACCACCUCCAAGGCCAGCAAAUUUACCAAACUCGGCUACCUCGUCAUUGAGAAACAUCUACUCGAACCUGAACGAUGAUGUUGGCACACAGUCUAUUGAUAAUAGCACCGAUAACAUAUAUUGUGUUAUAGAAGAUGUGAAGGAACCAUCACCACCUCCAACAAAUGGUUUGCUCAAUGAGAUUGUGAAUGAAAUCGGAAAUCGUAACAAAAAUUCAAUUUAUUCGACAACAAAGAAAAAUACAGCUCCAAAAAAUGUGGGCAAUCAACGAACGACUUAUGAAAAUAUUAAUCAAAGCCUUAGGACAAAUACAAGCAGAUUAGUGGAUGAUAAAGAAAUGGUACCUGGAAGCAACAAUAUUUAUAUGAAUACAGCUUCAGUUGUGGAACAACCACAUGUUCAAAAGUCUAAUAAUGUCACAAAUCCAAUUGAAAAUGCACAUAAACCAAAUGUAAAUUCAAUUGUAAAAAAAAUAUCAUAUAAUUCGAUGCAUCCAGGUACUGCAAAAUCUUUUCCAGCUGUAAAACCAGCGAUCGCUACAAAACCAUCCAUUGCAGAACAAAAAAAAUCCACAAGCAAAGAAACUAGUCAAUCCUCUAUGCCAAAAGUGGCCGGUUCGAAUGUCACAAAAAUGGCAAAUUCUGGAAAAGCCACCAUAAAUCCAACGUCAAAUGUACGAGCAAUGCAUAAACGCUUCGAAAAUCGAAAAACAUAAGUAAACGCAAAACAAUAUUUAUUCAUUACUGUCGAAUGAUUUAUUAUUAUGUGUAUUGUUUUUGUGACUCCGAAUGCUUUGUAGCCAGGAGAAGAGCACAAUAUAUUCAUGCUUUACAUAUUUCAAGUGCUUUCAUUGUGAUAAAUUAUAACCAAAAUUGAAGUUUGUGCUAAAAUCCAAUCAAUACCAAUGGUGAUUUAUACCUGUUAAAUCAUUGCACUGAAUAGAAAUCUAGCACUUCACGCAUUGUAUACAAAGUGAACUAAACAUAUAAAAAAAACUUUAAAUGCUUUAAUUGUAAUAUUAUAUAUUUUAAUUAUAUUUUAUAGAAGAAUGAGAUUAUAAAAUUUCGAAAUAAUUCAACGUUUAAAUUGAAUAGAAUGCUGAAUAAUUUUUAUAGAUAAUUUUUUUUACAUUGUUCGCAAUACGCAAUAUCUGUAUCUUCAUUAGACUAGACCAAAAAUAAAAAAGUAUAUGGAAUUAUUAUUUAUAUGGUAUCGAGAUGCUCCAUCCGGGCUGGUGAAAUAUGUGAAGAAGUAACAUAUUUGGCAUAUUUGUUUCAUCCAAAAGUAGAUCGCAAUUUUUUUUAAAACUUGUUGAGUUUAUGUAUUUUGGUAAGAAAUUCGUUGAUUGAGAAAAGCUCCAAGUCUCCUUGCGAGUACCACCGAUCGACUUUUAGGUGAAACAAAUACGCCAAACAUGUUAUUUUUUCAUGUAUUUCACCAAACCGGAUGGAGCAUCUCGAUACCAUAUACAUUUUUAUUUUUGGGCUUGACUAAUCUUCAAGGUAAUUUUUCAAUAAUAAUUUUGUUCUAAUGGUGCCUUUGUCGUGUUUUUACAUAUGAAACAAAACACAGAUAAAAAGAAACGGUUAACGUCAGCUGAGAGCAAAUGCACUCAUUCGCACACGAUGGAAAAUGGAUUGAAUUGAAGGCAAGAUGUUUAAAACGCGUCAAAUCAACCUAAACGAUAACCAGUUGUCAUUUGAUUCGAGCCAAAGUGUUCCGAAUCGAAUAUGAUAUCGAUGAAAUUAAGUUCAGCAUUACGAUUAACUAUGUCAAUGCGGUUAAAGUGAAUACCAAAUAUUAUGCAUGACAAUUGAAUUACAAUAUUUUUGUCGCCUUGCAAUUGCCUGCCAGUGUAAGCAUAAGAAUAUUCAUUUUUUUUAUUUUUUCGUUGUAAAACUUGUUCAAAAACAUGUGUAAAUAAAAUGCAUACACUUUGACGUGUAUUUUCCUACAAUCA